GGGCCCCAGCCCCCGCCGAGCUCCGAGCGCUGCUGUCCCGCCCGCCCCAGGUGCUGCUGCUGCUGCUGCUGCUUCCCCGGGAGAGGAGGAACCGCGGUCCCGGCCGGAGGCCCCGGAGUCCGGGAACCAUCCGCCGUCGGAGCAAUGCAGGAAGCCAUUGUGAUCACUGAGCAGCCCGUCUCCGUCGCCGUCCCGGUGGGAUACUCCUUCACCCUGCGGUGCAGAGCCGAGGGCCGCGGGCCGCUGCAGUACCAGUGGUUUUGUCAGCACCAGUCUCUCAGCCAGCAGAUUCCUGAUGCCACCAAGCAGGACUUGCCCAUCACUGCACAGCAGACCCAACUCUACACCUGCAGAAUCAAUGACCUUUACAGAAAUGCUGUCUUCUCUGACUGGGUGAAGGUGGAGGUCCAUCAGUGUGUUGCCAGAGGACUGCCCCCUCAGCUCUGGCAAGGAGAACCAGUCAUUGUCCUCAACCCCACCAAGCAGUGGGUGGAGGUGGGGAAGCCACUACAGCUGCAGUGUGCUGCCAUGGGGGUCCCAGCCCCCAGAUACCAGUGGUACCGGAAUGGGAACCUGCUGGAACACCAGAAGAAAAAAAAACUCUGGAUCACCCAUGCCAAGGUCAGUGACUCGGGCACCUACCUCUGCUGUGCCUCCAAUAGCCACGGGGAGCACUGGACCAACGCCGUGGAUGUUCACAUAGGUGCUAGUCAUUCUGAAAAGUUUUUUGCUACAGGCAAGGUAGCACUUUUAGUGGGCAACAACUGCUACCAGCAUCAUCCCAACCUGAUGGCUCCCAUCACAGAUGUGUUUGAGCUGAGUCGUCUCCUGGAGCAUCUGGGCUUCCAGGUUGUCUCCCUUCUGGACCUGAACAAGGCUGAGAUGGUGUCAGCAGUCAGUCAGUUCCUGCAGCUCCUGGAGAAGGGAUUCUAUGCUGUAUUCUACUAUGCUGGUCAUGGUUAUGAACAUUAUGGGAGGAACUACAUGGUCCCUGUUGAUGCUCCACAACCCUACACCCCUGAAAACUGCAUCAGUGUGCAGAGGAUCCUCCAGAAGAUGCAGCAGCAGCAGACGGCCCUGAACCUUGUCCUGCUGGACACCUGCAGGAAAUGGUACAACCCUGAGUGUGCCCUCUCCCAGGUACAGCCGCUGGCACCCUGGGGCAACACCGUUUAUGGCUACGCCACGAGUGAAGAUGCAGAAGCCUAUGAGUUGCAGGAUGGGGAGUUCAGCUCUGGCAUCUUCAUGAAAUACCUGAAGAAACAUAUUCUGCAGGAGAAGAAGGUUACACACAUGCUGGAGGAUGUGUUAGAAGACAUUGGCCGGGAUCCCUUGGUCACUGGGAAGCAGGUGAUGGAGAUCAAACACACUCUGAAGGAAGCCCGGUCCCUGACUGACCCCAUCUGUGCCUCAGGAGCAGCUGCUGAGCGCUGGGGAUGCAGCCAGGAGCCAGUGUGUGAAAUGGUGACCUUCCCCUGUGGGGCACGGGUAGAGCUACACUUCCACAGACUCUUCUCCAACGUGAUGCACAUUGGGGCCAAGCUGCAGCCCCCCCCAGCCCACCUCACGGACACGUGUCUCCUGCUCUGCCAGCCCAACGAGAUGGACAAUGUGGCUGUCGUGAGAGAGAGACACCUAGACCAAGUGGAGACCCUGCUGGCCUCCUUAUACAAGCAGGAGGGGCUGAACUGUGUCUUCCCACUCUGUGGACUACAGAGAAUUCAGAGGGAUGUGGUCCUACAGCUGGAUUUGCAUUACACCCAGAGGAGCACAGAGCAGAGGAGCUGUGAGAGCCUGCAGACCACCCUCCAGAAAUCUCUGCUCGGGCACUUUUUCACCCAGUGGAAUUACUCCCGGCCAAACGACCAGAGAACUCCUGCCCCUGCCAGCAGCCUGUGCCUCCAGGCCUCCUCGGCACCUCACAGGGACCCAAAAGGGCAGGAACCUCUGGGGACAGGCUUUGGCCACAGCUUGCACAGCAGCAACCCCUCCAACACCAGCAGUGAGCCGGAGGAGAACGAUGAGAGUGCCCUGAGCGAGCUCUGCUCAGCGCUUUGUGGGGCUGGCCCGGGGCAGGACCAUCCCUGACCCCCCUGGGCACAGCCCUGGAGCUGCUGUGGUCAACAGGGCAGAGGGUAUCCGAGUGCUGAAUGCCUCAGGAUCCAUCAGCUGAUUUCCAGCCUCGGCUGCCCGCCUGACCAAUCUGCCUUUUUUGGAAAGACUUCUACAACCUGCAGCCUGCGGGGCCUGAAAUAAUAAUAAUUCCUCGUGGGAAAUAACCCCUGUCCCAGGGGAUUGGAGAGGAGGAGUCGCUGUGACUGGCAGGGCCACCCGACAGGUCACACCGUCUCCAGGCAAAACCCAACGUUGCUUGAAGUUGAGGGCAUUGGCUGAUGCUUUCUGGGAAUCUGGGAAUUGCAGCAUUGAAGGUGUGAAGAAACCCAUAAACACUAAAGGGUGUGUGCUACAGCAGCAGGGACCCUGCCACUGCUGACCCCCAUCACACUCAGGGGACACAAGGCUUGAAGAGGGGACCCAGAGGGAACUGUGUGAAUGUAGAAGCUCUCCACUGCCCUGGGGUCACAACGUGCAAGUCCCACCUGUGUCAAAGCAGGUGUUAAAUUAUGCAUUUAAGUAUUUCAAAAGAAUGUAUUUAUACUUGGGGCAAGACAAUUGCUCGCCAGGAAAAGGAAGGUCAGAUGUUCUGUCAGGUGUGUGUUUACAAUGAGGGAUCAGCAGUACCCACCCUGUAGGUACAAUUUCCUGUGCCCCUUCUAGCAUGGCACACUGAGGAUAAAAGGGUGUUUGUUAAGGUCUGCAUAGCCCUGAGUUCCUGUCCAAUGCAGAAUUUCCUGCAUGGUGGAAAAGGACCAAGAUGGAUGAGGAAGAAACCUCAAAAAAAAAAGUCACUCUUGGUGCAAAUUUUAUUUUUAAGUGCCUGUCUCUGUGCAUGCUCUGUGAGCAUCCUCAUCCGCCUUUUGUGGGGAGCCAGCCCUCCAGAGAGAGCCACAGGGGAGCAGGGCCCAAAGGACAACCCCAGGGGGUGCACUCCCCUCCCUACCUGCUCCUCCGAUAUUUGUUGCAUAAAAGUUUCAGCAUAGCUCCAGGUGAUUGUUCAGCAUGGACCUGGGAGGAUGAUAAAAUAGUUCAGCAGUGGCCAGUGAUACCAAUGAGGUAUGGGAAUUCUAUCCUUGGGCACAGUUUGCUCCAGACUGGAGAAGGUGCUGAUGAACCAGUCCAAGUCCAGGGUGCUGGAGAGUGCUGAAGGUCCCUCCUGGGUGUUGUACUCCCGUGAAAGAAAGAACAUGGAGAUAAAAAAAUUGGUUGAGGACGGUGGGGUGGGGGGAGGUGCCCAGGUUCUGUCUUCCCUCUAUAAGAGGGAUGGAAGAGAGAAUUUGUAAAGUUUCAGUUCUCCUUCAGCAGUGAAGACAGAUACUUAGAUUUCUGUCUGUGUUGUCUGUUGCAACGUGGAAGAAAAUAAAAUGCUCCUUCCAGAUAAACUAUCCGACAAGUGCUGGAAACCUGGCCAGAGAGAACAGAGGAGGCUUUUAUUCUCCUCACAGUGAGGAGAGCCAAGGGAAAGAAGUGAGGCCCCAUCUGGCUGAAGUCUAGAAAGUCUCCUAGGAAAAAAUGUAAAGCUCAAAAAACAAAAAAAAA